AUGGCACUGAGCAAUAAUGUUAUUGGUGCUAUCAACUUUGUUGCCAUGCUUCUCUCCGUUCCAGUCAUAGGUGCUGGGAUUUGGCUAGCAAUGGAACCAGACAACUCUUGUGUCAAGAUUCUACAAUGGCCUGUCAUUAUUUUGGGAAUACUAAUCUUGAUAGUAGCUCUUGCAGGCUUUGUAGGAGGUUUUUGGAGAAUUCCAUGGCUCCUUGUUUUUUAUCUCAUUGCCAUGCUCAUCCUUAUAAUAUUGCUUGCAUGUCUAGUGGUUUUUAUCUACAUGGUCACUGUUAGGGGCUCAGGCCACCUUGAACCAAGCAGAGCCUACUUGGAGUAUCAUCUUGAUGAUUUUUCAGGUUGGCUUCGCCGAAGGGUUCAGAGUUCAUAUAAGUGGGAUCGGAUAAGAAGCUGCCUUAGCUCAACUAACAUGUGUGCUGAGUUGAAUCAGAGAUAUCGCAUGGCUCAAGAUUUUUUCAAUGCUCAUAUUAGCCCCUUACAGUCAGGAUGCUGUAAGCCACCAACCCAAUGCGGGUAUACGUUUGUGAAUCCAACGUAUUGGAUUAGUCCCAUUAACAAUGCUGCGGAUAUGGACUGCCUGCAAUGGAACAACGAUCAAAAUCAACUUUGCUACGGUUGCGAUUCAUGCAAGGCCGGAUUAUUGGCUAAUUUGAAGAAGGAAUGGAGAAGGGCAGAUAUUAUAUUGCUCAUUACUCUUGUUGCUUUAAUAUGGGUAUACUUGAUAGGUUGCUGUGCUUUUAGGAAUGCCAAAACAGAAGAUUUAUUUCGCAGAUACAAGCAAGGUUAUACAUAG